AUCUUCAACCUCUAGCUGAUUGAUCUCUGGUAUUUACCACUCUUUCCUUCCUUCCUUCCUUCAAUUCUAAAUACCACAAAUCAAAGUUGCUUUGCGAUGGUGAGCAGCAGCAUGGACACGACGAGUGACAAGCGUGCGUCAUCCAUGCUGGCCCCUAACCCUGGCAAGGCCACGAUCCUCGCCCUUGGCCACGCCUUCCCGCAGCAGCUUGUCAUGCAGGACUACGUCGUCGACGGCUUCAUGAAGAACACCAACUGUGACGACCCGGAGCUCAAGGAGAAGCUCACCAGACUCUGCAAGACGACGACCGUGAGGACUCGGUACGUGGUGAUGUCGGAUGAGAUCCUCAAGAACUACCCGGAGCUGGCCCAGGAGGGGCUGCCGACGAUGAACCAGCGUCUGGACAUCUCGAACGCGGCGGUGACGCAGAUGGCGACGGAGGCGUCCCUGUCGUGCGUCCGCUCGUGGGGCGGCGCGCUCUCGUCCAUUACCCACCUGGUGUACGUCUCGUCGAGCGAGGCGCGCUUCCCGGGCGGCGACCUGCACCUGGCGCGCGCGCUGGGGCUGAGCCCGGACGUCCGCCGCGUCAUGCUGGCCUUCACCGGCUGCUCGGGCGGCGUGGCGGGGCUCCGCGUGGCCAAGGGCCUGGCCGAGAGCUGCCCGGGCGCGCGCGUGCUGCUGGCCACCUCCGAGACCACCAUCGUGGGGUUCCGCCCGCCCAGCCCCGACCGCCCCUACGACCUCGUGGGCGUGGCGCUCUUCGGCGACGGCGCGGGCGCCGCCGUCAUCGGCACCGACCCCGCCCCCGCCGAGCGCCCGCUCUUCGAGCUCCACUCGGCGCUCCAGCGCUUCCUCCCGGACACGGAGAGGACCAUCGAGGGCCGGCUGACGGAGGAAGGCAUCAAGUUCCAGCUGGGGCGGGAGCUGCCCCACAUCAUCGAGGCGCACGUGGAGGACUUCUGCCAGAAGCUGAUGAAGGAGCGGCAGAGCGGCGAGGACGCCGACGGUGGCGGCCCCGAGCCGAUGAGCUACGGGGACAUGUUCUGGGCGGUCCACCCCGGCGGGCCGGCCAUCCUAACCAAGAUGGAGGGGCGCCUGGGCCUCGGCGCCGACAAGCUCCGCGCCAGCCGGUGCGCGCUCCGGGACUUCGGCAACGCCAGCAGCAACACCAUCGUGUACGUGCUGGAGAACAUGGUGGAGGACACCCGGCGGAGGAGGCUGCUGGCUGCUGACGACGGUGGAGAGGACUGCGAGUGGGGUCUCAUCCUCGCGUUCGGGCCGGGGAUCACGUUCGAGGGCAUCCUAGCCAGGAACUUGCAGGCAACCGCGCGCGCCUCAGCCCAGCUCUGAUCACCUCUUGCUGUGUUGCUUUUCUGCUUGCUCUGCACCUCUGCUUCCGUGUGAUUGCUGCUUUGAGGGAGAAUGCUGAGCAUCAACAUUGCUCAUGAGCAUCAAUGAAAUAAGGGGCCCCGAAAUUCACUGCUCAUGGAUGGUUUCCGCAA